CGUGCCGCGGCUUGGCCUUAGCGCCCGCUACGAUUCCCGGUCGGCGGGCGUGAGAAUGAACGAACCGGAACUUCGAACUUCCAUCACACGUCGUCUAGAGGUAACUUUUCACUUGCAUCCGAACUCAAGCCUUCUCCUUUCGCCGAAGCUCCCUUCCGGAACAAACCCAAGUCUUCCAACGCGCCAUCCCAAGAUACCUACUCCGCGACCAUCGGAAGUCAUAUAAUCCUUACAACCAAUCGCGCCUCACACACGGCGCCAGCUAUCAGAUCCAUCUCGAACUGUGAACAGAGCUACCUACUAGCUCCCCGCGCCGAACAUCAAACCGACCUCGAUAUCAGCCAAUCCAUCUGCUUGCUACAAAACUACUAGGAAACAUCACACAAAUACCAGUCACCGCGCGAGCUGUACACUACUCAGCUUCGCCCCAAAUAGCAUCUCUCAGCACCAAUUGACUAAGCCUCCCCCCUCCAUCGGCGGCAGUCACCAACCAUGUCCGCCGCCGCCACAACCACGGCUCCCCUCCCAAACGGCAACCCCGCGCCCGGCAGCCAGAAUAACGCGUCGGCAGCGUCAUCAUCCACGGCCGCAACCUCUCAAUCCCAAUCCCAGUCUCAACUAGCCACCCAGCCCUCCUCCGCCUCCCAAGCACCACCACCAACGACCACAACAGGGCCCGCAACAACAUCAACAGCAGUAACAACAUCAAACCCCAACACCCUCUCCACCGCUGCUUCUGCUGCUGCCGCCGCCUCCUCAGCAGCUUCCAACCCCCGCCCCCGCGACGCCCGCACAAUCGAGCUCCUCCUAACCGCGCAAGGCGUAACGGCCUUCGAACAGCGCGUCCCGCUUUUGCUGCUGGACUUCGCCUACCGCCACACCUCGGCCGUGCUCUCAGACGCUUUACACCUCUCUGCGGACCCGUACACCUCGCACGCGGGCGCCCGGCCCUCGGCCUCUUCUGGCGCGGCCCCCGUCAAUGUGGGCGACGCGACUAUUACAAGUAACGCGGUGCAGCUGGCGAUUGCCAGCCGGCUGAACUUCCAAUUCCGUGGCGGAAGCGGGGGCGGGAGCGGUGGUGGUGUCAGCAAGGAGUGGAUGAUGGAGAUGGCGAGGGAGAAGAAUAAGGUGGCGUUGCCCAAGGUCAGUGUGAACGAGUGGGGGGUAAGGUUGCCGAGCGAGAGGUUUGUGUUGAAUGGGGUUAGCUGGGGUUUGAAGGGGGACGGGUGGAUUGCCGGCGGGGAUGAGACAAGUGGCGAUGAGGAGGAAGGUAGUGAUGAGGACAUGGAGGAUGCCAUGGGCAUUAACAAGAAGGGUGAGAAUGGUGAUGCUAUGGAGGGGAUAGAGAGGGAGGAUAUUGGCGGGGAUGGGGUAGAGGGUGGCACGGUGGAUGACUUGUUUGGGGAUGACGAUGGUGAUAAUGAUGAGAUGGAGGAUGUGGAUAUGUUUGCUUGAAGGGGGCUGUAUGAUCUUUACAGUCGGCUUCGCGGACACCGGUUCCUGUUUCGGGGCCAUUGAUGAUUCAUUGUCCGGGGAACAAUUUUCCUUCUUUCUCACGGUUUACUGUAGUUUCACCGGCUUUCUCUUCACGGUGUCAUGGCGUUUAGGAGUAGGGAACCGAAAAGGUGACAGCAUCCAAAGAGUGAGCUUAGCUUUACACCAAGCAGUUAAUAAAGUUUUAUACAUCACUAUAUUUGCCUUGCUAAACCCUAAGGAAGAACGGCA